UUUGCCGGAAAUAAAUAGGCAGCACUUCGUCUCACGAUGCAGCAGUAGUCGCCAAUGUUCGUCAGAUUAUUUGGAUUAUUUUAUACUGAAUAAUAGUGAAUUUAAUAAAUGAGAAAAUGAAUUCGUUAUCUAAAAGAUCUUCGUUGCAGCGGGUCGCCACGUUCCUGCUCACUACACGAUCCACCCUGUCUCAAUUCACCCCAGCCUCAUUCAUUCUGGAACCAGCACAGCGAACCGCAUCGACAUCCUUCACAAGGACUGUUCAUACCCAAACAAUGUCACGUGUAUCUGCAGCGCAGCAAGCAGUCUCUGAACCAGGAUUCGUCAAGAAAAUGAUGAAGAAGUACAACUUGUUUUGGUUUAAUCAAUCUAAACUGAAGCGGUCUGGCACUUACUUAUAUGAGUCGAUACAGAAUCAUAUCGAAUAUAGAAAGUUUAUAGCAGAAUUCCAACUGGCAGACACAUUUUUCACAUGGUUUUUAAUCACUGAGCUACAUAUUUGGAUGCUCAUGGUACGAACAAUGGCAGAGGGGGAAGAUGGUAAAUACACUAGAAACAGUAUGAUCGAAGCAAUGUGGGCUGAUGUGGCUACUAGAGCUAAAAUUUUAUGGCCUGACAAUUCAUCGGGUCUCAGAAAGCAUGUGAAGGAAUUGUCUGAUCAAUUCAAUUGCGCUAUAAUAGGAUACGACGAAGGUGUUAACGGAGAUGAUAAAAUCUUAGCGGGAGCAAUAUGGAGACGAAUAUUUCAAUUGGAGUGCAAUAAUCCUGAGUACGUGGAAAAGCUUGUGCUCUACGUCAGAAAACAGAUUCAAUACUUGGACAGUUUAUCCGGCGAGGAUAUAAUGUGGCAACCAAAUAUCAAGUGGCUACCUCUUCCCGAUAUCAAGUAGUGCUUCUUUAACUGAUUACAAUUUUAUAUCGCAUAGGAGAUCCCAAUGUGAAUUGGCAAGAGUGAUCUCCUGGCGGCAUAUGAGUCAGGAUGUGCACAUACUCUCCGUCACUUUCGGCUUUUAGAAGAGUUUCCACUAGCCAUUUUAGCUGACCACUGGGAUCUUUUGGCUCAUAUAAUACCCACCUGAAGUGUAAUCGGUAAAUUUUCAACUAAUCCAUCAUUUAUUGUUUGUUGUUGUAGUUUCUGUUAUGUCAGAGAUCACUCACCAAUUGUAAAUAUAACAUAGGUUGUUAUUGAUAGCAA